AUGCUGAUGACCUUGUUCCAAGUGACGCUCUUUGCAGUGAAUGAGUUUAUCCUGCUCAACCUGCUCCAUGUUAACGAUGCUGGUGGUUCUAUGACUAUCCACACAUUUGGGGCGUAUUUUGGAUUGACAGUGGCCUGGAUUCUACAGCGUCCAAAUUUACAGCAAAACAACAACAAGGAAGGAUCAGUGUACACAUCUGAUAUCUUUGCAAUGAUCGGAACCUUAUAUUUAUGGAUGUACUGGCCCAGCUUUAAUUCGGCUCUCUCCAAUCAUGGUGAUGCCCAGCACAGAGCCGCCAUUAAUACAUAUUGUUCUCUAGCUGCUUGUGUUCUCACGACUGUUGCUAUCUCCAGUGUAACCAACAAACAUGGAAAAUUAGAAAUGGUUCACAUUCAGAAUGCCACUCUGGCUGGAGGAGUGGCAGUUGGGACAGCUGCCGAAAUGAUGCUUACUCCAUAUGGAUCACUGAUAGUUGGUUUCAUAUGUGGAAUUGUAUCUACACUUGGAUAUGUCUACCUUUCACCUUUGUUGUUAUCAAAAAUAAAUCUCCAUGAUACUUGCGGAAUCCAUAAUCUCCAUGGAAUGCCAGGUAUAAUCGGUGGGAUUGUAGGAGCAGUAACAGCCGCAUGCGCAACUGAAGCAGUGUACACAGAAGCUGGUCUCAAAGAAUUUUUCAGAUUUCAAGAUGCUUAUGUAGACCGAACACCCAGCAUGCAAGGCGGAUAUCAAGCUGCCGGCAUAUGUGUGUCACUGGCCUUUGCGUUUGUGGGAGGAACUCUAGUAGGUAGGUACUUGCUUCCAAUACUAACAUUUACAAAUUUCAGUGUUACUGAAUGUGCUGUCUAA